CUGUUUUAGAAAGUCCACAAUGCCACCUAUUUUAUCCCGCCUUAGCCGUUCCGAGGCAAACAAAAAUUAUUACUCUUGCAGAAUCUGUUCACAAAACCACGGUCUUCGUAAAUGCAAGGUAUUCCGAAAAAAGGAUGCGAAACAACGUAUGCAAUUAGUUGUGACUCACCGCUACUGUCCAAACUGUUUAGCCCAUCAACACUCAUCUAGUUCUUGUUUUUCAACUAAAGGAUGUCGGUUUUGUGGAGGCAACCAUCACUCCUUAUUGCAUAUAGAUAAUCCAAAAUUGCGAAGCAAGAAAACAAGGACAGUAAAGGUCGAAAAAAGCCCCGCAGGUGAACCACCAAACACCAGUUCAACUAACCAGCGAUCACUAACGAUAGCGUCUAUUGCAACUCCAAACGCCACUUUGCUAUUUCCAACGGCUAUAAUACUGGUUGUGAUCGGCAAGAAAAAGCACCAUAUCCGCGCAGUUAUUGAUCCUUGCACCGCCAUUAGUAAAAUAUCUAAACAGUUUGUUGAAGAGUUACGACUUAACACAACUGUCCUAGGAUCGGAGUCCAUAUGUGCAGUCUCUAUAGCAUCUCGCCACUCUUCUCACACUGUUUUAGACACCACAAUGAGAGUCAACAACCACAUAUCAAUGGACACGCCUAAUAGAUCCAUUGAUGCUGCCAUUGCUGCAAAAUUCGCUAAUUUGACUUUAGCAGAUCCAAAAUUUUAUAUCUCUGGGCCGUUUUCAAUCGUACUUGGAUCUGACAUAUAUGGGCGCAUUAUAUUACCGGGUCUUUUAGCUAGUGAUGGCUCUCUUCCAGUCGCCACAAAUACUAUCUUCGGCUGGGUGCUGUCUGGCUCAUGCACCACCUGAUGCAACAACUAUUGAACUGGAUUAUAUUUAAAAUUAACAUUAGAAUCUAUAAGUAAACUGAAUUGUUAUUAAAUUUUGACUAGAGAUAACCCUUAUAGUAUUAAGGCAUAUUGAAUUUCAAGCAUUUUAUGAACACUCAAAGAUCGUAUGAAUUGUAUAUUUUCCUAUUUUUUUUGACCUCAUACCAUUAUAUAUUUGAAUUUAAAACUUUUACCUUGCAAUCUUGCAACAUGGGCCGGUAAUGUUUGUGCCACACAACUUCCAGGUCUGCAUUUUUAUAAUGCCACAUACAGAGGGCACUGAGAACACUACACUUUUUAGUUCUAAAUUUAGUUUUAUGGUAAACUAAAUGUCAUUAUUUUGAGAAGUCAUGACUAUGAAAUGAAAGACUCGUUCAUUCCGUUUUAACUUCGAGAGCAAUAAAGUUCAGUCUUCGUAAAAUCUAAA